AUGAAACGUGGAGUCAAGCCGCAGGGGAAGAAACGGUUCAGGGUUGUUGGCAGUACCUGGAAGGGUAGUGCGCUACAACAGAAGGACUCGCGAGAAAACAGCAAAGCCAAGGGUAAGAAAAGGGAGAAAAUGCGGUGGCGACUGGCAGGCAAGUACGUGUCUGGUCCAGGGCUUUGCAUGCACGUGGGUGGCACGCCAGAAGCCGUGCUGUGUCAACAAAUACCACUUUAUUAUCCUGUCUACUUAUAAUUUUGCUAUAUAUCAUUAAUAAAAGAAACGAUCGGGGGUCGUUGGCAGUACCUGGGUGGGUAGUGUUUUCGGAAAUGUGUGGAGGUAGAGGCGAAAGUUCGAGUUUCAGGUCGAGCACCAGAACAGUCUGUUUAUUGGCAGAGUGGCAUUACCGACAAAGACUAGGGAGACUGGAAUGGCCAUUUCUGGCUUACUAGCCGUCGUCAGCCAGUCAUACCCAACCCCGAAGUGUGCAAAACCCGAGGCUAGAACUGGCGACCUGUUGUUUAGAAGUCCAUGCCUCUAACCACUGGGCCAGAAACCCGUUGCCCUGCCGGUUUUCCACCGAGAAUAUACAGUAGGAGAGGCGUGGUUUUCUAACAAACAAGUCGCGAGUUCGAACCUCGGGUGUUCCACACUUUGGGGUUAGGUAUGACUGGCUGACGACGAUUUAUAAACCAGAAAUGGCAAUUCCAGUCUCCCUUGUCUUUGUCGGUAAUACCAUUCUGUAUGCCGCUGAUCGAUGAUUGGCCAGCACAUCUUAUAAGUGUCGUAUUUACAACCUCAGACGAUAGACUCCUGCACGAGUUUGAAGUCACAAAACAGUUAACAAACUGUUCCCGUGCCCGGCCAAUCGUCCUCUUUCCUUUUGUGUGCAAGUUUCUGUCCAAACCCACAGUCCUGACUGUACGAUUCGAUCGGUUGGUUUGUACAAAGUUCAAGGGCUAAAUGGGCGUACAUAAAUCAGGUUACAAAACAUUGUCAUCUCGUUACGCCUUGUGGCUAAUUUUGGAGAAUUUGCGACGGUUGCAGAGCGAUCAAUAAAACAAAUUGGCGAGCGAUGAGGUGCCGACAAGGACAAGGGAGACGGGAAGGACAAUUUCUGGUUUUCCAGUCGUCAUCAGUCACGCCCGCCCCACUUUAGGUCCGCAGAACCUGAGGUCUUAACUCGCGUUCUUUAUGAAUCGGCUACCCAGCAGCCUUAUAAAGUGACGUUUAAAGCUACGACACCAAGUGAAUAAAGCCUUUUUUCUUACGAUCGAGUCCAAUUUCGGGCACUGCUUGCAGAUUUGAGGCAUUGCUACGCGGUAAGUUACUCCUUAACAUAUCGGGGAUUUGAAACACGACCUUUGUUUCUUAUCGUACUAUCGUCUUCAAAGUGAACCUUCAUUCGUCCUCAAAAUCACUCUUCACAGCUGAAUUGAUCAUGCGUCACUUUAGAAGGCCGAAAGCCCUUCACACGUGUUCAGUCUGGAUAAGAACUAAGUUAUAAACUAUAUAAAGAACAUUUCUGCUCCGUCCAGUCCAACAUUUCGGGGGCGUAAACCGAGUCGGUUAAAGCUGGUCUCGUGGUCACUUCAGCCUGCUAUGCCCACCCAAACCAUGCGUGCUUGCGGGUAAAAGGACAUUUAGGACAGAUUGGCUCGAAAUCUGGAGCACUGGGCCUAACUGUCACUAGUGCAAUGAUCGCGCAAAAAGACCAGUUAAACACCACUGCCCCGGUAAAAGCCCGAACCAAGAAGCCGUUCACUUGCAUAUAAGCGUAGAUAAACGGGCUUUUGCUUUUGGUUAAAAAGUGCACACUUUUUGUUUAGGUAGAGUGUGAGGCAAUUUUUUAUCAGCGGUGUACGACCUCAAAUGCAUACCUUUUUGUGAUACCUGACUUCAUAGGCCUUCAGUGAGAAGCAAGUCGGAAAAAUGUCAAAAGAUCGGAAGUCACAGUCGACGCCGCUACCGCUGUCGCCGCCGUCAUUAACAUCGCCAUCUGUUUUAUAAACUGUAGGUAGUCCGCGAAUUUUAGCCAUGGCUGGCUCGCUUUGUAUAAGGGACUUUGCGAGUUUGCUCUAACAGUUGCUUCUUCCUCGUAAUACGCCUCAGCACUUCAUAAAUAAAGGAAAUCUGUGCCUUUCUGCCCAACAUUGACAGCUUUUUAAAAAUGCCCGGUUGAGCCUCCCAUGUCUGCUGGGAUAACGACAAUGGUUUUGGCACUUUUUAGGGUUUUUAAUACUUUCUUCGGGCGAUAGUGCUGCAAAAUGAUUUGGAUCCUUUACAUCUCGUAUGGCUCCGGUUAAGUUUGCGAAACAUUCGUCUUGCAAUCGAUUUGCUGAUGAUGUGACGAAGCUGAAGAUUGAACGGACGUAAAGGUUUUUCGAAUCAGAAAGGUUUUAUUUCAGUCCUAGAAGGGGCUCAGUGAUCAAGUUAUGGGAUACAUUCAUGCCGUUGCCCCUCGCGACUCGCAGAUGUACAUUCGUACUACAAUCCCAUCGAAUUCUAAUUUCAAAAAUUGUGGGUGCAUUGCAUUUCAAUCCCAUCUUUCUAAAUCAUGACUGUUAUUAAAGUCACUUUUUUAAACGGGAAUGUCCGCCUAAAAUAUUCCAGAGACCUCUCCAAAACGGUCGCGAAGUAGUAAAAGGACCGAAAUUUGCUCUAGCAGUUUUUUUUCUAAAAAUAAGCAAGAUUCCUUGGGAAGGAAAUAACCCUUAAUGCCUAAAUUCUCGAGACUGGUUCCCCAGCUCGUCGUCAGACUUUUGGGCUAUGUACAAAAAGAGUUAACUAUUUAACCGUGUCGAACAAGUGAUUCUAUGGUUAGCCGAAGCCUGCGCCAAUGCGCGUCAAGGGUUUUUCGUCAUUCCCUCGGCAUUGUCUGCGUUUGUUUCCAUUUGUCCUUGAGAAAUUUGUAUAAGGCAUCUAAAUCGAUAUGCCGAUUGAUGCAUGCCUCAUCUAUGCGCAUUACUUCCAGGAAUUUGUGGCCUUUUCUUAUUGGGCAAGCGCCAACAUCGGGAGUCUUCUGCCAUGCAAACUUGUGCCCGGUGUGCAGUGUAAGAAUUACCUCCUGGGAUAAAUGCUCUCGUCUCUUCCCCGCUAACUGAUGCUCAUGUAUGCGGGGUGAGGCAGAUUUCCCAGUCUGGCCACAAUAGACAGCAUCACAACGGGAACAUGGGACCUUGUAGACAUCACCUUUCCUAUCGAGAUGGCCAACCUUGUCAUUAGGGUGUGCAAGCUGUGUGUACGCAAGGUGGUUGCAGGUUGGUGUGCUACAGAGCGUGACCGAUCCCAUGAAAUGUUGGCCGAAAUUCUGAAAUGGGUGUUCGAGUAGGAAGGAUUACUUAGACGGAGUUGUGAUAUUAAUUAGCCUGCAGUAGAAUUCUGUAGUAUUUCGUACUCACCAGGAUGUCGGUUUUUAAAUGCACUUCUUUUCGGCCUCCUGCAGAAAUUACACUCGGUAAAAAAUGACUACUUAUGUAGCAUGCAUUUUGCACAUUGAUCUUCGGUGGUCGUGCAAGUUCGAAUGCAUUUUAUAGAAAACCACGAACAAAAAUAUGCUUUCCUUCAGUUGUUUGAUAGUGGAUCGCAUCAUCUUCAUAUUUUACUCUCGAAGAAGGAGUAUAAUAAAGUUUUAAAAAGUUUUCUAAUUCCUGAAUAAUUUGGAACCGGAUCAGUCGCUACAUUAGCGCUUAAUGAUUUCAAUCUGCAAGGCGCAUGCGUUCCGCGUAAAGAAAAUCACAUACUCUUCUAUGCCUUUAAAAAUAUACCAUAUAGAGUCCAUAAAGUGUUGCAAUGGUUGCGGACCAUGUUGUACAUUUAAUGAGGAGCACUGAUAAACGGCCAGUUAGGAUGCUACAUGAAUGGACAUUGCGCGGUCUUAAAAAGCCCCAUAAUUGGAAACUUUUUAAAAUCACAAUUACACUAAUUCUUCGAAUAUAAAAUAAAAAGUCGACGUGAUUCUCUACGAAAUGACCGAAAGAAAGCACGAUUUCGUUUCUGGUUUCCAUUAGAUGAAUUUGAAUUUGCAAGACCAUCGAAAAUUCAUGGGAAAACUGUAUGCUAUAUAAGUAGUCAUUUUUACCUACAGUUAGUGACCGAUCUCAUGAAAUGUUGGCUGAAAUUCUGAAAUGCGUUUUCAAUUAGGAAGGAUUACUUGGUCGCGGUUGCAAUAGUGAUUAUCUUUCGGCAUGCUCUUAUAACAUUUCGGACUCGGCAGGAUGUUGGCUUUUAAAUGCACUUCUUUUAAAUGUCCAGUAGAAAGCGUACUCGGCAAAAAAUGACUACUUUAAUAUCAUGCUUUUUCUCAUUGAGUUUCGAAGGUCUUGCAGAUUCAAAUAUAUUUUAUAGAAACCAUAAACAUAAAUAUGCUUUCUUUAAGUCAAUCAAUAGAGAAUCACGUCUUCUUUAUAUUUGGUACUUAAGAAAGGAGUAUAAUUAGGCUUUAAAAAAGUUUUCAAAUGCCGAAUAAUUUGGAGCCUGAUCAUUCGUUGCAUUAGCGCUUAGUGAUUUCACUCUACAAGGUGCAUGCGUUCCGCGUACAGAAAAUCACAUAUUUAUCUAUGGCAUUAAAGAGAUAUCCUACAGAUUCCUUAAAAUUUUGCGAUGCAUGCGGACCAUGUUGCACAUUUCAUGAGGAGCAAUGGUAAACGGCCAGGUACGAUGCUAUGUGAAUGGAAAUUUUGCGGUCUUAAAAGUCUCAUAAUUAGAAACUUAUAAAACCUAAUUGUACCCCUUGCUCAAGUAUAAAAUAUAAAGAAGACGUGGUUCGCUAUUGAUUGACUAAAAGAAAGCUUAUUUUUGUUUAUGGUUUCUAUAAAAUAUAUUUGAAUUUCCAAUGGGAAAAAUGCAUGCUACUUAAGUAGUCAUUUUUUACCGAGCACGAAUUCUACAGGAGAUUGAAAAGACGUGCAUUUAAAAGCCGACAUUUUGCCGAGUCCGAAAUGUUAUAAGAAUAUGAUAAUCAGUAUUACAACCGCGGCCAAUUGAUCCUUCCUAAUCGAUAACGCAUUUCAGAAUUUCAGCCAACAUUUCACGAGAACGGUCACUCACUGUAUUAUAAUUUCUGCAGGGGGUCGAAAAAAGUUCAUUUAAAAACCAACACCCUGGCGAGUACGAAAUACUUCAGGAUUAUGCUGAAUGCUAAUCAAUAUCACAAACCGCCUAAGUAAUCCUUCCUAAUCGAACACGCAUUUAAGAAUUUCAGCCAACAUUUCAUGAAAUCGGUCACACAUUGUACUUGUAUCUGAUGCUUUUUUAGCUGUCUUCCGACCUGUUCAGAUACUCUUUUUACGUAUGGGAGAGUCCGCCAGGUGAAUGUUUUUAAUGCCUGGGUGGCCGCAGUUUUCGAAAUACCUUUCCUGCACCAAAUUUGCCUUUCCUCUGCGACAGGCAUCAGUUUCGGAUUCAUCUACCUGCCGGCGGCCACAGUUGUCUCCCAGUGGUUCCACAAACGUCGCGCCACAGCAACGGGCAUUUCCAUGUGCGGCAGCAGCAUCGGCAGCACCAUCUACAGCCUCUUCAUUCCGCCCCUGGUGAGAGCCUACACCUGGCGCGGCUGUAUGGCCAUUCUGGCAGCCGUCUCGCUCAACUGCGUGGCUGCCGGUCUCUUCUUCAUUGACCUGCGGGCCUACCAGAAACUGCAUCCAGUCAAGAAGCCGACGGCGGACCGGAGGGACAGUGGCCAGUCCAAGGAGGUGAUGCCGCGGAGCACUGAGGCGGUAGAUGUCGAGGCCCACGCCCAUCUAAAGGUGCCACAUUCAAGGCUGUCCAACUCCCUGGCUGAGGUGCGUUGUUCUCUUGUCCUCUCAGUCUCCACCUUCUGUUUCCAGUCGGUUAAUUGCUGUCCGUUGAGAAUUGCAACCGGAGAUGAGCCCAAACUGUAUCGGGUGCGGGGAUACAAACGCCUUCAAAAGCAAUCAGGCUCAAAAUGGGUGCCUGCAGUCACGAAGAGGCGACCGCCUGUCGACAGAACUCGGCCAAGCCACGAUUUAAGAGGCUGAAUGGAUGCGAAACUGGUUCAAGCUAAUCCUAUUUUCUUUCAGUCUAUUGACUUGCGUAUGCAUAACCGUAAAUAGACAGUAAAAAGUUCGUGUGUCAGACACGGUUAUAAUACGUGGGGGGAGGGGUGGAGAAGGUUAAUCUGAUGAUUAAGGCAAGCAGGCAUCCGAAACGACAGUACACAUGUGAGUCGCUCUAUGGACUUGCACCCUCUUCUUCCUCAUGAUCUUUGGGAUGUGGUGAGCGCGAUGUGCAUGUCAUGCAUGCAUGCGCAAAACGAGGUUACGGGCAAAGGCAAGGGAGACUGGCAGAGCCGUUUCUUGCCUAGUAACAGUCACCAGCUAGUCAUACUUCACCAGGAGCUGUCCUAUCGGUUGUAAACGGAAUAUAAACCAUGGCGGAAGGACGUCUUCUCUUAUCUGCAUAAACUACUAGACCCUAUACGACGGUUCGUAAGAGUUCCAGAUUGAGCCCGGAGGCAUAACGAGACCAGCAUGCCCCGUAACUUGAUUAAUGAACUCUCAUCUGCCACUCAUAGAAGGACUUUUUUGCCUCGGGAAGCCAGUAGACUGGCAUCCGCCAAUUCCGGCGUGAAUGAAUACCAGAUCUGCAUUGAGAGAGAGAAUGACAGGGGGUGAGGCACUGCCAAACUUCGAUUCGAUUAGGUGCUCAUGAUCCAAUUGACUGAACCCGUGCUCCCACCGAUGUUUACGCCUUCGCAUAACGCAACUACGAGAGUUUCGGCCACCGCCCCCCGCGUCCACUACGCAGCUUCUGCCAUAGAUAGAUACAAAGCUAAUAAUUUCGGUAGUGAUAAACCGCAGUUAAGGUCCUUAGCUGUGAUUUUUUUAGAGUCGAUUCCGAAAGUCAAACAAACAUCUGAGUCGAAAUCAGUCAGCUUCUGCCAGUAGCGGCGCAAAAUAAUUUCAGCAAACAUUUACUACUGCUAGUAGUAUGGGUUUUCAUUACAGGGGUUUAUAAAUUACUCCCAGGAGCUAAACGUCCAGGCACGUGCUUUGCCAAUGUUUCGAAAGCUGCAUUACGCAACCGUAAGGGGCUCUCGGCAGAAAACGUACUUCACUUUGUAAAUAAGGUAGUGGUCUCCACCGCCCACCUGACAUUUCGUCGCUAGGGUUGGUGUAACGCGGCCGUUCCAGACCGUGGCAAAGUUCUUCCGCCCAGCGAUAAGGAGUGCAGCCUUGGCCUCUUUCGCGGAGGCAGUUGUCAUGCACUUACUCAUAAUUUCCAACUUUCAUUCCUGUUUUCGCAUCUUGACAGGACCCCCUUGAAUCGACUCCAAAUGAUCUUCAGGAAGCCGGCGAUCUUUUGCCACCGCACCAACAACAGGCCGCCGCCGGUGACGGAACCGACUCCAAGGAGGUUUUCGGGACCGCCACCCUUCCAGGCACGCCGGUGAUGGGUGCCAUUGUGUCGCGCACAGCUGACCAGAUCAGCGCGAAUAAAGCACCUAAACCGGAGGCUUCUCUGAUCCAGUCGAUUACCAUUCCAGUCAGUAAGUUGCUCUGA